AUGGCUCUUCUGAUCCCGCGGUUAGAGUGCGAUGGUGCCUGUGGGGGUUCCCGCUUGUCCACGGGACCCAGGCCCCAGCUGCCUUCAUCCGCUGUCUGGGGUCCGCACGCCUCAGCUGCCUUCAUCCGCUAUCUGGGGUCCGCAGGCCCCAGCUGCCUUCAUCCGCUGUCUGGGGUCCGCAGGCCCCAGCUGCCUUCAUCCGCUGUCUGGGGUCCGCAGGCCCCAGCUGCCUUCAUCCGCUGUCUGGGGUCCGCAGGCCCCAGCUGCCUUCAUCCGCUGUCUGGGGUCCGCAGGCUCCAGCUGCCUUCAUCCAGAGUCUGGGGUCUCCUUCCUGCUCUAGCCCUCGCUGGGAACUCCCCUGCCCCAGAUCUAGGCUGCCUGCAGCUUCCUCUGACCCCUUGGCUGGAUCAGGCGCCCCUGCUGACUGCUCAUGGCUGCCUGCGUUUGGUCAUGAGGAUACAGGCCUGUGUCUGGCUCCUGGAGCCUGCUCUGGACCCAGCCUCACCAAGCCCAGGAGGAGCCAGUUGUGCAGUCUACGAGAACGAAGACCAACUGCUCUGGGAUCCCAGUGUCCUCCCCGAGAGGGACGUGGAGGAGUUCCUGUACAGGGCCGUGAAGAGACAGUGGCACGAGACGGCGGGGUCUCAGCUCCCGGAGGGAGAGACCGUGAAAGACAGUGAGCAGGCGCUGUACGAGUUGGUAAAAUGCAACUUCAACGUGGAGGAGGCCCUGCGGAGGCUGCGGUUCAACGUGAAGGUGAUCCGAGAUGGACUCUGUGCUUGGAGCGAGGAGGAGUGCAGGAACUUUGAGCACGGCUUCCGUGUGCACGGGAAGAACUUUCACCUGAUCCAGGCCAACAAGGUGCGCACGCGGUCCGUGGGCGAGUGUGUGGAGUACUAUUACCUGUGGAAGAAGUCCGAGCGCUACGACUACUUUGCCCAGCAGACGCGGCUGGGCCGGAGGAAGUACGUCCCGUCUGGAACCACGGACACGGACCAGGACCUGGAUGGCAGUGACCCUGACGGCCCCGGUCGCCCCCGCCCUGAGCAGGAUGCCCUGGCUGGGAUGCACACAGAGCCCCUGAGCGUGGAUGGCACAGCCGGUGGUCUCGGUGAGCCUGGAGUGGCCUCUGGUGGACCCCCGUCCUCGGAGCCGGGGCCCUGUUCCUUUCAACAACAGCUGGAUGAGCCGCCCGCUGCGCCCCUGCCCCGUCUGCCCCCAGCCCCGGCCGACCCAGCCUCAUACCUGCCGGCCGUCGGUGCUCCGGAGCCGGACGCCAGCCCAAGGCUGGCCAUGGACUUCGCCCUGCCCGAGGAGCUGCCCCUCAUCCCCAGCCAUGUGGACCUGGGCGCCGACCCGGAGGAGACAGUGGCCCCUGCCCAGGUGGCUUUGUCGGUCACCGAGUUUGGACUCAUCGGCAUUGGGGACGUGAACCCCUUCCUGGCUGCCCACCCCACGUGCCCGGCCCCCGGGCUACACUCGGAGCCCCUGUCACACUGUAACGUGAUGACCUGUUGAUUCCUGGCCGUGGGCGGGCGUGUGUGGCCGAGUGGACUUGGCGCUGCUGCUGGCCCGCCUCCGUCGGUCUUCUGACCCCUACCCCCUCUCAGGCCUCGGGGCAGCACCUCCUCUGCUUCAGAACUCGUCGGGACUGGGGUGAGGGCCUGGGCCGUGAGCCCCUGCCCCCGACCACACAAACUGGACCCAGGGCCACAGCCAGCACCGUCGGCGCCCAGCACUGCCGCCCGGGUCCAGGCUGCCGCCUGCACGUGGGGUCCAUCCGGCGGCCAGGGACAGAAAGACUCGGCGCUGGGGACACCGGGCAGAGCCGGACACCUGGUCUCUUCCAGCUAGCAGAGGCGAGGGAAGGGGCCGCUGCCCCGGCGGGGAGACGGCAGGACGCCCCGUCCCGCACCAGCAGCCUCCGCCGGGGCGCCCUCAGCUCCCUGCUCGGCUCUGUCUCCACACUUGGCAGGGCCGCGGGCUGCCCCAGCCAGGGGGUCGUGGCAGCUGCUUCUCAGUGCCAACCCCAUGGGGCACAGAGCCAUAUACCUCGCUGUCCGGCGACCCCAGCCUCGCCACCCACCCCGUCGUCUCCACUUCAGGAAAAGCCGCACUUUACACCGCCACCUGCCUCCUCCCCUCCCUCCCUGCUCCCCGAUCCUGAGCGGUUGGGGUGGGGGCCCCUCAGCAACCCCAGACGUGGGUUUGAGGAGACAGGUGGCUUACACCCCCUUUGCUGCCCUCCCCCAGUACCAAGGCAGGGUCCCCAGAGGAGCCAGCCGCCCUCGCCGCCACGCGGGCCCGACUCCAGCCCGCUUGCCCAGCCCUGCAGGCGUUUCUUCUGUGGGAGCGCCCCGCACGCUGGCUCGGAGUCCCGUCCUCCCCGCCCUCGUCUGUCUGUUUACACGUUGGAGUGGGGUCCUCCGUGGGCGGGUGCUGUCGGCCCCUUGUGCCCGAGCACCUUUCCGAGUGGACUCGACCAUCCCUCACCCCCCACCAAGGACCACACUGUGAAGUGAUAACUGCCUUGAACCCCCCUUGCUGUUUUAUUUAUUAAACUUGAUUUGAAGCCCA